AAUGAGAUUGAGUCAUCUGGUUCAUUUGUCUCGCGAGGUUGUAAAUCAUCCAGGAAGGAACUAUUUAUAUUAAGCUUGUGAGAGUCCUCAAACGCCUCAGUACACACAGGACUUCCACCACUGCUCUGCCUUCUCAGGCAAUUACUUCCCAAGGCUGUGCACCUUGUGUUCCCACACUGCAGCCAAGAUGUCAGAUAAAGCCAUAGAGGACGGAGAAUGGUUUGCGGCUGACGCCCUCCUGCAGGAGUCUCAGUCGGAUGAGGAGGAAGAACCCUCCCAGCCAUCCUCUGCUGGUUCUACUCCUGGGGGGCCACCACCGGGACAGCCAUCAGAACCCCCAAUGGGACCUGGAAGUGAUUCCACAGGCCAGCCCAAAAACAAAAAAAGGAAUUUCUCCAGCACUGCAGUCAAGGUUGGUGCAGCCGUGAUCGGUGGAGUGCUGGCCGUGGGUGCUGUGCCCGUGGUGCUGGGCGCCAUGGGCUUCACCAGCACAGGCAUCGCUGCCUCCUCCAUCGCUGCCAAGAUGAUGUCAUCAGCUGCCAUUGCCAAUGGGGGCGGAGUUGCUGCCGGCAGCCUGGUGGCCACUCUGCAGUCAGUAGGGGCAGCUGGACUCUCCACAUCAUCCAAUAUCCUCCUGGGCUUGACUGGGUCAUCUUUUGGGGCCUGGUGGGGGUCUUCCUCCGAGAAUGAUUCAGAUAAGGAUAAGAAAUAAAGAGGAGUCCUGGCCGGUUUUGCUCAGCGGCUAGAGUGUCAGCCUGCGGACUCAAGGGUCCCAGGUUUGAUUCUGGUCAAGGGCAUGUACCUUGGUUGCGGGCACAUCCCCAGUAGGGGGUGUGCAGGAAGCAGCUGAUCGAUGCUUCUCUCUCACUGAUGUUUCUAACUCUCUCUCUCUCUC